CAUGAUCCUCGGGCCAACUAUGCAAGGGGCGCUGCCCGCCGCCGCCGCCGCUGGACUGCCGCCGCCGCCGGCCCCCGGCACCCCCACCGGGCUGCCCAAGGGCUCGGCCAGCGCAGGGCCCCAGAGCCUGCCCAGGACGCCCUCGGCCACCACCGGCGGGAUCCGGGCCACGCUGACGCCCACGGUCCUCGCCCCUCGCCUGCCGCAACCACCUCAGAACCCGACCAACAUCCAGAACUUCCAGCUGCCCCCAGGUAUGGUCCUUGUGCGGAGCGAGAACGGGCAGUUGCUAAUGAUUCCUCAGCAGGCCCUGGCCCAGAUGCAGGCCCAGGCCCACGUGCAGACCCAGCCUCAGACCACCAUGGCACCCCGCCCUGCAACCCCCACAAGUGCCCCUCCCGUCCAGAUCUCUACCGUACAGGCACCUGGGACCCCGAUUAUUGCACGGCAGGUGACCCCAACCACCAUAAUCAAGCAAGUGUCUCAGGCCCAGACGACGGUACAGCCCAACACGGCGCUGCAGCGCUCGCCCGGAGUGCAGCCUCAGCUGGUCCUGGGUGGCGCUGCCCAGACAACUUCCCUCGGGACGGCGACGGCUGUUCAGACGGGGACACCUCAGCGAACGGUCCCAGGGGCCACUACCACCUCCACAGCUGCCACGGAAACCAUGGAAAACGUGAAAAAAUGUAAAAAUUUUCUGUCUACGUUAAUAAAGCUGGCUUCAUCCGGUAAACAGUCCACAGAGACGGCGGCUAACGUGAAGGAGCUAGUGCAGAGCCUGCUGGAUGGAAGAAUCGAGGCAGAGGACUUCACUAGUAGAUUGUACCGGGAGCUCAAUUCCUCCCCUCAGCCGUACCUUGUGCCUUUCCUGAAGAGGAGCUUGCCCGCCUUGAGACAGCUGACCCCCGACUCCGCAGCCUUCAUCCAGCAGAGCCAGCAGCAGCCGCCACCCGCCUCACAGGCUACCACUGCGCUCACAGCCGUGGUGCUGAGCAGCUCGGUCCAGCGCACGGCCGGGAAGACGGCGGCCACUGUGACCAGCGCUCUCCAGCCCCCUGUCAUCAGCCUCACGCAGCCCACACAGGUUGGCGUUGGCAAGCAGGGGCAGCCCACGCCGCUGGUGAUCCAGCAGCCGCCCAAGCCCGGAGCACUGAUCCGCCCGCCGCAGGUGACGCUGACGCAGACGCCCAUGGUUGCGCUCCGGCAGCCUCACAGCCGCAUCGUGCUCACCGCACCGCAGCAGAUCCAGCUGAACCAGCUGCAGCCAGUCCCUGUGGUGAAGCCCGCCGUGCUACCUGGAACCAAAGCUCUCUCUGCCGUCUCGGCUCAAGCAGCUGCCGCGCAGAAAAACAAACUCAAGGAGCCUGGGGGAGGCUCGUUUCGGGAUGACGAUGACAUCAAUGACGUGGCCUCGAUGGCGGGAGUAAACCUGUCGGAAGAAAGUGCACGAAUAUUAGCCACGAACUCUGAAUUAGUGGGCACCCUGACACGGUCCUGUAAGGAUGAAACCUUCCUCUUACCAGCACCUUUACAAAGAAGAAUCUUAGAAAUAGGUAAAAAACACGGCAUCACGGAGCUGCAUCCAGACGUAGUGAGUUAUGUAUCCCACGCCACGCAGCAGAGGCUACAGAACCUUGUAGAAAAAAUCUCAGAAACAGCUCAGCAGAAGAACUUCUCCUACAAGGAUGAUGACAGAUACGAGCAGGCAAGUGACGUCCGGGCUCAGCUCAAAUUUUUUGAGCAGCUCGACCAAAUUGAAAAGCAGAGGAAAGAUGAGCAGGAGAGAGAAAUCCUUAUGCGAGCGGCCAAGUCUCGAUCCAGACAAGAAGAUCCAGAACAAUUAAGGUUGAAACAGAAGGCAAAAGAGAUGCAGCAACAGGAGCUGGCGCAGAUGAGGCAGCGCGACGCCAACCUCACAGCGCUCGCCGCCAUCGGGCCCCGGAAGAAGCGGAAAGUGGACUCUCCGGGACCGGGGUCGGGGACGGAGGGGUCGGGCCCAGGCUCGGCGGUCCCGGGCAGCUCCGGCGUUGGAACCCCCAGACAGUUCACGCGACAAAGGAUCACACGGGUCAACCUCAGGGACCUCAUAUUUUGUUUAGAGAACGAGCGUGAGACAAGCCAUUCACUGCUGCUGUACAAAGCAUUCCUGAAAUAGCGCAGGGCGGGCGCGGCGUCGCGGACGAGACGCCUGGGACGUUUUUAUAUAUUUGCAGAUUACGCCUUUUGUAACAAGCAAACGGGAUAUUGUUUAAAACAGCCCCCUCUUUACAAUGGAACAGUUUUAUAUUCCUGUUUCUAAGUCAGCUCUUCAGUACGGAAGAACACACGUUUCUGUAACAGAGAACACAGAGGCCCGUGGGCUCUCUGAACGGACAAUUAACUCUUAACUCAUCUUUGAUUGAGUGGCCUUCUUGCCAAACAAGCCAUAUAUAAAAACUGAUGGAAUCGUUUAGCAAAUAAUUAGAUGCCCCCUGUCACCUCGUAGCGGUUUCUACAUUAUUUGUGCAUUUUGAUUCAUUCAGCCCAACUUCUUGCAUAGGUGUCUGUCUACAGCAGUGACCUCAUUUCAUUUAUUUUAUUUUUGUAUUAGUCAGUUGGCAAAGCAAACUGAUUUUUUAGACUAUUUAUGUCCCCGUCCCCUCCCUCGCCAGAGUCCCCGAGGAGCACGGAGCCCAUCGCGCGCUCGCUCGGAGCGCGGUCUCCUUUCUGCUCAGGAGAGGCCGCGCGGCGGCUCCUUCCGAAUGUGUGGUCGGCAUCUGUACAGACGCGUUUUAUUUGCUAUAGUUUGUAAAGCUGUAAAGUUAAAAGAAAUGAAAA